CUCCAUCCAGCGUCCCACCAACAAGCAAGCAAUCGGAGGGAUACCGGAGAGAUACCGGAGGGACAACCACACUAACACAAUCUACCGACGUAUCUAUAUAACACUUCCAGUCUAGACACGAUGAGUAGCUCAAGGUCGACGUCAACGUCGGAAGAUCUGGAGGCGCAUUUCCCGGAGUAUUUCGUCGACGCCGAAGAUGAUGACGACGAGCGUGAUCCCGAAUACGAAGAAGACGAGGAGGAGGAUAUAGAUGAAGAUGACAUGGCGCACGACGUAUUCGAGGAUGAAGAUGAGUUUCAUGAUGCUGAAGAGGGGAACAUCCAGUUCGUAGUGCAUGUGGGAGACGACGAUGAAGAAGGCGGCAAUGGAGAAGGUUCGCAAUUGCCAGACGCUGAGAGGGUAGCUGUACAGCAGCGCCUAAUCAACUUGAUAAGUAGCCGCCGUACCGGCUUACUAUCGCAACGACAAGUCCUAGAUUUCCUCCGAAGAUCAAACCUCGGUCACUUGGUAUUUGGCGAAGGCGAAGAUGACGGCGAUAAUGAUAUUAGCUUCGGGUACCGGAGACGGCGGCGCGAACUGGACCCGGAUAGAUUCCCUAAAGUCCCAAGCGACGAAGGGAGAAGUCUGAUGGACUCCGGCACGUUCGGCGCGAAUGAGAGUCAAUCUUCUAUUAGCUCAAAGAAGCAAAUAGCUCGCCGGAUACUUGAUCGUGAGCUUGGCAUAGGGAGUAGGAGGUCUCGCCAGAUCAACCAAAGCAUGAUGGCGCAGUCUAUGAUUCCUAGCUCGGAUGCCGAAAUGAUUAUUAAUUACGACGAUAACGUCUACUCGGGUCAAUUCUCAGAUGAUGGCAACUUUUACUUCGCUUGCGUUAAAGACAUGAAGGUUCGGAUGUACGACACAUCUAACCCGUAUAGCUGGCGGCAUUACAAGACAGUGCCGUUUACGUUCGGUUCUUGGACCCUGACAGAUGCAUCUCUAAGUCCGGACAACAAGUGGCUAGCGUACACUUCUAUCCAGAGCAAUGUCUGCUUAGCACCGACUGAUCCGAACGACACGGGUGAUCCAUACAUGUUGAAUUUAUCGGGAAACGGAAGGAUAACCUGGCGUGGCGGAUUUGGUAUCUUUUCGAUCCGGUUCUCUGGCGACGGACGGGAGCUAGUAGCUGGAACAAACGCAAGUUCUAUCGUCGUAUACGAUAUCGAAUCGCGUCAGGUGUUGCAUACGAUAGAGGGCCAUGAUGAUGACGUUAACGCGGUGUGUUUUGCGGAUAAGUCGUCACCUCACAUUUUAUACUCAGGUAGUGACGAUGCGACGAUUAAAGUCUGGGACCGACGGAGCAUGGGAGACGGACGAGAGGCCGGCGCGUUUGUCGGCCAUAUUCAGGGUCUAACGUAUCUGGAUAGUAAAAACGAUGGCCGAUACCUGCUAAGCAACGGCAAGGACCAGAGCAUGAAGCUUUGGGAUCUGAAGAUGAUGUAUACGACAGCGCGGUUCCAGGAACUGAAUCCGCGGCAACACACACGAUACACCGAAUUCGACUACCGCUGGGGCCGGUUCGACGAUGCCGACUGGUUCCCACAUCCAAAUGACAACUCGUUGGUAACCUUCCGCGGCCAUGAGGUACUGCGUACCCUAAUCCGCUGUCACUUCUCGCCACCCGGUAGCACCGAUUCGCGCUAUGUGUACACAGGUAGCCACGACGGUAAAGUCUAUAUAUACAAUAUGGAUGCUACCAUUGCCGGUAUCAUAGACGUUCAGAAGUCCACACAGGCAUUGCCUCAGACCGGCGCCCAACGCAGGUCCUACGGCGGGUAUAGAUCUCAAGGUUGGUCGACAGUUGUUAGGGAUGCGAGCUGGCAUCCUACUGCCCCUUUUAUUGCUGCAUCGUCACUGAACGGCUGGGAUAACGCCCUGGGUACGGUCACGUUGCACUCAUUUAACGAGUCCUCGACGGAUGAGGCUGAACCCCGUAUGGGUACACGGUAUGACGAGAAACUGAGGCCGGUAGGCUCGGCUCGUCGCCCUAGAGGAUAUGCUGAAGAAGAGGACGAUAAUGAAGAAGAUGAUGAAAUUAUCGCCUAACGAAUUCGAGACGAAUAGUAUGGACUGGGAACUAGGGAACGGGGGUUUUUUUUUUGGAGCGACAUAUCCUCUUUGCUUUUACGGCCAUUAUGCUUCUAAUUUGGCUGUCUCAUUUGUAUAUUUUAUCAGACACUAACUUAUGGACACCUUGAACGAGGCGUUUGCGCUUUCAAGGCAUAUGUGGGGAUUUAGGGGGCAUGAUAAAU